GACACUCUUGGAGUUUCUGUGACGCGAUCAUCUGUUCUUCACAUCACACUACGCGAUAUCUCAACUUUGUAUUUGAUCGAUUUAACGUGGAAUUUAUGAGUUUCCCUAAUGUUUCAUCUAAAUGAAAGAGUAAGAGAGGAACAGAGACGCGUUUAAUAUUAUUAAUCAAAAGUCCAUGUACGGUGUCGAGUGAUGUAAUGCUCGUUCAAUCGCCUUAAAUAAGUUAGUUUUCGACUAAAAGUAUCUGGUUAUGAGCUUAUUUCUGUUUUCAAAACUUAUAAAGUCUCGCGUUAUAAUGAUAAUAGUGUUAAAUGUGAGAGAAGUUUGUGACUCGAAGGAACAUAUGGCAUAAAAACACAGCUGGAGGUUUGAGACUGAUGUCAGAGCAGCUGACUCUACCAGUUACACACACACACACCACUCAUGCACGCGCACACACACAGAGCUCACACACUCAGUUGCUCACAUGGACGCGAGAUAGAGAGUCGCGUUCAGGCGUCUGCUGCUCUCACGCGUUUAGUUUGCUGAUGUUCUUCAUGUUUGUGAAGUGUUUGGAGAUGUGAGAGGUGUUUGCUCAUGGCUGGAUUUCUCUCAUUCACUGUUCAAACUCUCGAUCAACCUCUGUAAGCUCUGCUACAGGACGCAGGUUACGGAAGAAGAAUGGAGUUCCCAGACCACAGCCGGCAGUUACUGCAGUGCCUGAGUCAGCAGAGGCUCCAGGGUUUCCUCUGCGACUGCACCGUGCUCGUCGGAGACGCUCGAUUCAAGGCGCACAGAGCCGUGCUGGCCUCGUGCAGCAUGUACUUUCACCUCUUCUACAGAGACCAGCUGGACAAAAGGGAGGUGGUGCAUCUGAACAGCGACAUCGUCACGGCCCCCGCUUUCGGCCUGCUCCUCGAAUUUAUGUACGAGGGAAAACUUGAGUUCGGAGCGCUGCCCGUGGAGGACGUCCUGGCCGCCGCCAGCUACCUGCACAUGUACGACAUCGUGAAAGUGUGCAAAGGAAAGUUAAAGGAUAAGGAACUGUGCUCUCUGGACGACAGGAUCGGAGACGGCAUGAUUAUGGGCACUUCGGACAGGGAGAUCUCUUCCGACAGGGCGGGGGGGUCGGCGACGCACGCCCCCCCGAGAGCCCACACGCCAGACGACUGUGACACGAGCGCCCUCGCGCAUUGCGAAAAGCUCACGCCGGUCAGGCAGAAGGCGAACGGUCACCCUGACGGGUCCCCGGACCAUGUAGGUGUCAAUUAUGUGUCAGCCGAGGCCGAGCCCCGCGUCCAAACAGCUGGAAAAACAAAAGCCGAUGUCAGUGGUUCGGCCGUCCUCGUGUCCCAGAGGUCUCGGGCGUCGGAUGACACGGACUGCGCUCUGGAUUUGUCUUUCAAGCCUCUGUCGAGCCGAGAUGCCUUUCACCCCUCCUACGUCUCGGGACAGCUGGCCCUCGACAGCCAGCAGCAGGGCACUGAGCCACUUGUUAAAGACGAACAUGACUUUCUGUCAGAGCACGGCGACAGCGAACCCGUGAGCCCCGAGAGCCGGCGCUUUGGGAAUAGCACCAGGAACUCAGUGGUGACAGGGUUCGCCGCCCUCUUCCCCGGCAACGGCGGCCCGACCUCGGCCGCCCUGCUCCCCCCGGACGAUGACCUGAUGGAGGGGGAGGGCGAGGGGGAUGGGAUGGGGGUGAACGUUCACCGUCAUCGGCGCGAGGCCGGCGAGGGGGGAGGCCGGCUGCUCGGGGACAGCGAGGGGGAAGAGGAGGACGAUCUGGCCUCUUCGGACAUCUCCACGUCCAGCGGGGUCCUGUUACCCGUGGGGGGUCGACGGCAGGUGUGCGUCUGUCCGCUGUGCAGCAAAGUCUUCCCGAGCCCCCACGUGUUGCAGCUGCACCUCAGCUCUCACUUCCGGGAGAAAGACGGCGUGCGUUCCAAACUGUCGCCCGACGGUUCCGUGCCGACCUGCUCGCAGUGCGGCAAGACCUUCUCGUGCAUGUACACCUUGAAGCGGCACGAGCGCACGCACUCCGGCGAGAAGCCCUACACGUGCGGCCAGUGCGGAAAGAGCUUCCAGUAUUCCCACAACCUGAGCCGGCACGCCGUGGUGCACACGCGGGAGAAGCCGCACGCUUGCAAGUGGUGCGAGCGACGCUUCACUCAGUCGGGCGAUCUGUACCGACACAUUCGCAAGUUUCACUGCGGCCUUGUGAAAACUCUUCCUAUUGGAUAAAAGCUCCUGUGUGUCACAAUCACUUCAUCUCUACACUGGCGGCCGCAGCACACGCUUUUGUAUAAAAACCUCAUUGUCACUUUUACAAACGUGUCCAAGUUGUGACCUGAAUAUAUUACUAAUGUUAUCCAGUAUUUUGCAGGGGGAUGUCAGUUUGUUCAUUGGUGACAGUAAUACCCCAGCAAUCAUUUUGUCAAGUUUGAUGCACUUGGAUGCUGACCUCUCGUGUGUGUGUGUGUGUGUGUGUGUGUUUGUAAUGUAUUUAAACCUUGAGAUCUAAGGUUUGAGGAUUUGCUUUUGCAGCUAUAAUUUAUUGAUGGAGACGUCAUGAAAUGUGAUUUACCACCAUGACAGAGAGAAGUUUUUCACUGAUUUCACUGCAUCCAGAUUUUUUGUAUUUAUUCACUUAUCAUUUUGGAGAUGUUUUAGUUUUGUGUAAAUCUACUGAAGGGUCUAUUACUAAAGUUUCUGCACUUGGCAAUGUUAUAAUAGACAUUGAAAUCGUUUCUUUUUUGAGAUUGUGUCAUCAUGACUUACUGAAGACAUUUUUCAGAUGAUCAGUUUGAAUGAAGGACAGGUUGAUCUUACUUUACAGUUCUGUCUUCUUCUAAUAUCUACUGAGUUUCUCUUCAUUCUUUCAGAUUUGUCUUUCUUAUUUGCUGAUUGAAUGAAGCGAUUGAUUUGUUGACUUGUCAUUAUUUUGAUUUAAUAUGACGCUGGAGUGUUUAUGGUUAGAUAGUAACAGUAGUGUGCACUAAACAAAUCCAAGUUCUGCUGUAUAUUUCAUCGGUCCUGAGAAAACUUGAGUAGUUUAUUUAUUAGUUGUUUUGGUUCAGGGUUUACUGUAGAAGCUAGAGAUGGUGUCGGUACGUUUUCUUUAACAUUAUAGGAUUAUUGAUGAAUUGCUGUAUGUGGUACCUGGUUUCAUUGUCUCUGUUUAAUGAGGUUUGACUUCAUUGAUGCUUAUAAGCACUUCUCUUCAGCGUACACGUUCACAUUAUAGUUACAACACUGAUAUACUCUAGGCUGCUAUUUCUAACUGUAUAUUUAUUGUAGAUAUGUAUUUGAUGAAAUCAUUAUGUCACAUUUCAUUUGGAGUCAAGUACGACUGAAACCUCUGGUAAAAGCUGCAAUAUUUGACAUUGAUUCGAGUCUUCCAGGAUUAAAAGCCCUGUUUUUUGACAUCUGCUAGAUAUCAGAGAUACUAUUGGUUCACAAGCACAAAGAUCCGAUUGAUCCGGAGACUAAUAAUCUACCUGGAAAAGACUCACGAUAAUGACGUUAUCAAGCUGUUUCUUCAGGAACUACAGAUGAAAGCAAGUGUGCAUCUUUAUCUGCUGUUAAAGCAAUGAACUCGGUUUUUAUUUUUGCACAUUUAAUGCACAAAUCUCUCUUUGUACUUUAAGGUCUGUGUUUAUAUUUCAAAUGGUUUCACUGGAAUUUGUGUGCAAACAAAUCCAUAAGAUUUCACAUGCUGGUACUUCUGAUGAAUUUGAUUCUUGUUGAUGUAUUUCUUUGUUUUUCGUGCUUUUCACAAAACAUACUGAAAUAUAAAAAAAAAAAACGUUUCUUGAAUGUUUGUUUAAUGUAUUUACUCAUACAGUAUGUGCUGUUGAAUUGAGGAUGAACGCACCUGUCGUAAUGACAGAUCAUAACAUCAGGAAAACUGAUGGAUUAAUGCAAUAAGAAAAAAUGUGAGGUUUAAAAACAAGUCACAUGAAUUUCUCAAUACAGUCUUUGUAAAUUAAUACUGGAUUAUUGUCUUCUACAUUUUCAGACUGUGAAAUUAUAUAAUCAUACAGUAAAAGUAAUAUUUAUUGAUUUGUUUCUUGUAUCUCAGAAUUUUGACUUGUAAGAUAUGAGAUGUUACUAAGUUGAGGACUUUUUCAUAGAGCGUGUAGAAGUGCCAUUAGAUGUAAUAUAAUUUUUUUUAUAAAACAAAAAACAUAUUUUAUAGGAAAGAGUUGCUUCAUUGUAAAUCCUUUAGUGAAUGUAGAUGACAAUCUGUUUGAUUUGAGCUUGCUUGGAAUUCUUUAAUUUAUUUUCUGGCAUUUUUUUGUGUGUUUCUUUUUCUUAUUAUUGGGCACACCAGAGAUGUGAGCCUGCGCGUGUGUGCGUAUGUAUGUGUGUGUGUUAAGUGACAAUCUUUAUGUCAAUCUUUCUUUCGAUUAAGCUUAGAUUAAACAGCAUUUUCUGUGAAAUCAUUGUGUUUGAUUUGUG